GAUGCGAGGGGAGGGCAGGGAGAAAGGAGGGCUUUUUGGAAGUUUAUCCUCGCCUCCACAACUAGGCAGAGAGAGGACUUGGUUCAGUAGAUGAAAAGAUGAGAAGAGAAAGAGGGAAAAUAGAGGAGAUAAAGACAGGAUAAAAAUCAGUGAAAAUGGAAAACAAAACCAAAAACCACAGUGAGGCCAAGAACAGGGACAGAUUAAAAAUGGGGUGGGGGGAAGACAUGAAAAGACAAGGAGAUUCUCAUAGGACAGGGCUAAUAAGAUGGAUGCAACCAUUUGGACUUGGGAAACAGAAAAAGAUGGAGAUGGAAAUGAGAGAAGACGGUGGGGGGCGGGGGGAGACAGAGAGAGAUACUGGAGAAUUAAGGAGAAACCCAGAAUGCUCUUUUCCCAACACACGUAGUAUGAUGAUAUCCGUACCUUUUCACCCCAUUCUCAACCCCUAUGCGUCCUUCUCUGAGAUCACCAAUCAAGCUCUCCUCCUCUCACCCCAAUACUUCUCCCCUCUCUGCCCCUGCCCCAGUCCUAGACCUUCCGGACUGGAAAGGCCUUGCACCUGUUGUUAGCGGGCAGCUUUGGGCCUGGUCUCUGCUGCUCCCACGCGGCCUUUGUGGGUACUGCCUGAGUGAGAGGUGGGAGAGGAGGACCAGGCAUCGCUGGGAGGAUCAAAUUGGGGGAGACACCGGUACAGAAGGCUGAGUGGAAGAGGGGAGCACUAAGACCCAGGGGUAGUGGAGGAUUACAGCAACGAGCUGGAGGAGAAGAAGUAGGCAGUGGGGGCAGGGGGAGGGUGAGAGCCAUUUGGUACCUUGGUAGCGUUUGAAACAGCAUCGGCCAUAACGACAGAAAUGGCCAGUCAGUCCCAGGGUAUCCAGCAGCUUCUGCAGGCUGAGAAGCGGGCGGCUGAGAAGGUGGCAGAUGCCAGGAAAAGGAAGGCCCGGAGACUGAAGCAGGCAAAGGAGGAGGCACAGAUGGAGGUAGAGCAAUACCGCAGAGAGCGAGAGCAGGAAUUCCAGAGCAAGCAGCAGGCGGCCAUGGGCUCCCAGGGGAACCUGUCGGCUGAGGUGGAGCAGGCUACGAGGCGCCAGGUGCAGGGCAUGCAGAGCUCCCAGCAGAGAAACCGAGAGCGCGUCCUGGCCCAGCUUCUUGGCAUGGUCUGCGACGUCAGGCCCCAGGUCCACCCCAACUACCGGAUUGCUGCCUAGGACCCACCACAGGGCCUGACUCCUUCUGCCAGUUCCCUCCCUCAAAGAAACCCCCCUAAUCAAAAUCACCUCCCAACAUAGUUCUUUUCUCCUUUCCAUUCCUUGGAAAUCCUAGGAGGCAGGAUCCAAUAAUUCUUCUAUGAAACUUGUAAAUGUCCUGCUCAAACCUGAAUCUCCUUGUUCUUUAACGCUCAGAGGGAACUUGUAAACUCCCAAGUCAUUCUCACCCAACCCAUUUGUGCAAAUUGUAAUACUGGGAAGUAGCGAUGUGGAAAACACCCUGACUUCAGAGCCUGGCAGACUGUGUCCCUUUGCUGACCUGACUUGCUGGCUGUGCAACCAGGACAAGCUGUUGAUCCUUAUAGCCUCAAUGUCCUCUUCUGUGAAACUGGGAUAACAAUAAGGCCAGGGUUUCUGCAAAGAUUAGGAAUCAUUAUGUAGAGAGCCUAGCAUGGUUCCUGGCAUGCAGUAGCUGUGAUUCAAUAAAUGGCAACCCUGUUAUAUUAUUACCACCCUCGUUCACCAGCCAAAACCUAUACAGCUGUUUCCUCAAUUUCAUCAGUGGCUCUCUAAUUCCACUCAGUCAUUCUGUGACCGUAGUAAUUCUCUGAAGAAUUGGUUCUUCUUCUAUCUCUUUUCCCAGACACCUUAUACUCUCCAAAAAGAUGAAAUCAUGACUUCACUUAGCCCUUUAUUAUGGUUCCAGGUAGAUACUGCAUCUUGUGGCCUUUUUGUUUCUCUUAUGCUAGUCUUGCUCUUUGUUGGAUUUCCCCCCUUUCCUGUUUCCCCAAAGACUCAUCAGACGCUCACUGCUUCCUAAGAUCUAAGGUGAUGCUGUGUCCCCUCAUAUGCAUGGCCUUCCCUUGUACAUCCUUGACACCAUACUUUCCCUUUGUAACAAUAAAAAAGUGUCAAUAAAAUAAUUAUGAGCAAACAAAUUGGUGAGUUGAAACAGCCUCCUUUUGCCUCAUCAUUUCUCAUUUUCAAUCACUCUUGUUCCUUGCUUAUAUAUUACCCAAAGACCGCAAAUGGCUGUCCUUUGAAACUUGUUAGA